AUGACAGAGAUAGAGAUGAUAGAAACAGAUGAUGUAAGCGAUGCACUUGGAGACAGGGAAACAGAUGAUGUGAGCGAUGCACUUGAAAACAGAGAUAUAGAUGAUGAAAGCGAUAAACUUGGAGACAGGGAAACAGAUGAUGUGAGCGGCACACUUGGAGACAGAGAUAGAGAUGAUGUAAGCGAUACACUUGGAGACAGGGAAACAGAUGAUGUAAGCGAUGCACUUGGAGACAAGGAAACAUAUGAUGUGAACGAUUCACUUGAAGACAGAGAUAUAGAUGAUGUAAGCGAUACACUUGGAGACAGGCCUACAGAUGAUGAAAGCGAUACACUUGGCGACAGGGAACCAGAUGAUGUGAGCGAUACACUUGAAGACAGAGAUAUAGAUGAUGAAAGCGUUACACUUGGAGACAGGGAAACAGAUGAUGUAAGCGAUACACUUGGAGACAGGGAACCAGAUGAAAACGAUACACUUGGAGACAGGGAAAUAGAUGAUGAAAACGAUACACUUGGAGACAGGGAAAUAGAUGAUGAAAGCGAUUCACUAGGAGACAGGGAAACAGAUGAUGUGAGCGAUGCACUUGAAUACAGAGAUAUAGAUGAUGAAAGCGAUACACUUGGAGACAGAGAAACAGAUGAUUUGAGCGAUACACUUGAAGACAGAGAUAUAGAUGAUGAAAGCGAUACACUUGGAGACAGGGAAACAGAUGGUGUGAGCGGCACACUUGAUGACAGAGAUAAAGAUGAUGUAAGCGAUACACUUGGAGACAGGAAAACAGAUGAUGAAAGCGACACACUUGAAGACAGAAAUAUAGACGAUGAAAGCGAUACACUUGGAGACAGGGAAACAGAUGGUGUGAGUGUCACACUUGAUGACAUAGAAAGAGAUGAUGUAAGCGAUACACUUGGAGACAGGGAAACAGAUGAUGUUAGCGAUGCACUUGGAGACAGGGAGACAGAUGAUGAAAGCGACACACUUGGAGACAGGGAAACGGAUGAUGUAAGCGAUGCACUUGGAGACAGGGAAACAGAUGAUGUGAGCGAUGCACUUGAAGACAGAGAUAUAGAUGAUGAAAGCGAUAAACUUGGAGACAGGGAAACAGAUGAUGUGAGCGAUACACUUGAAGACAGAGAUAUAGAUGAUGAAAGCGAUACACUUGGAGGCAGGGAAAUAGAUGAUGUUAGCGAUGCACUUGGAGACAGAGAAACAAAAGCUGUAAGUGAUGAACGAGUAGAUAGGGAAAUUGAUGGCGAAAUAAAUGCACUUGACGAUAGAGAAAUAGAUGAUGUUAGCGAUACACUUGGAGACAGGGAAACAGAUGAUGUGACCGAUGCACUCGGAGACAGUGAAACAGAUGAUGUAAGCGAUACACUUGGAGACUGGAAAACAGAAGCUGUAAGUGAUGAACGAGUAGAUAGGGAAAAUGAUGGCGAAAUAGAUACACUUGACGAUAGAGAAAUAGAUGAUGCAAGCGGUACACUUGGAGACAGGGAAACAGAUGAUGUAAGCGAUGCACUUGUAGACUGGAAAACAGACGCUGUAAGUGAUGAACGCGUAGAUAGGGAAAUUGAUGGCGAAAAAGAUGUACUUGACGAUAGAGAAAUAGAUGAUGAUGGAACUGAUACACUUGAGGAAAGGGAAACAGAUGAUGAAAGCGAUAAACGUGUAGAUAGAGAAAUUGAUGAUGAAAGUGAUGCACUUGGAGACAAGAAAACAGAAGCUGUAAGUGAUGAACUUGUCGAUAGAGAAAUAGAUGGUGAAAGUGGUGCACUUGAAAAUAGGGAAACAGAUGAUGAUGAAACUGAUACGCUUGGUGAAAUGGAAACAGAUGAUGUGAGCGAUGAACGUGUAGAUUGGAAAUAUGAUGGAGACAGUGAUGCACUUGAAGAAAGUGGAAGAGACGAUGUAAACGAUACACUUGGAGUCAGGGAAAUAGAUGAUGUAAGCGAUACACUUGGAGAAAGGAAAACAGAUGAUGUGAGAGAUGAACGUGUAGAUAGAGAAAUAGAUGAUGAAAGCGAUACACUUGGAGACAGUGAAACAGAUAAUAUAAGCGAUGAAAUUGGAGACAGGAAAUCAUAA